AACACACCCUUAGCCUCUCCGUCCAUGUUGUAUUUCUGCCCUUCUUAAUCCUACCCUCUCUCCCGUCGUUCUCAAUCGCCGCCGGCAAUUGCCCUCGGCGUCGUUCAUCAAUCCACAAACCUCCUUCCUUAUUCCCAUACUUCAUCAUCUACGAUUUUCUCCUUCUCGACCGUACUCGCGUUGCUCGUGCUUUCUUUUUUUGUUGGCGGUUGCUCGCGGUCCGGUGGUCUUCUGCUUCGAGUUCUUCCCGACGUUUCCGGUCUUCUUCUCAGAUCACAUUUCUACCUUCGAAGCCUUAAUUUCUUAUGCAUCAAAAGAGAUAAUCACCAGAAGAAGGGUUGCACGCAAAAACGAAGCUCAAAGGGAACCUCGACAAUGGCCGCUGCCAUGAUCUGAGAGGAACAUUUGUAGUUUCUGAAUUCAGGAAAAUACAGUUUAUUCACGUAUGCUCAAAUUGCUGCAGCAAUGCUUUUGAAUUGAAUUCAGUGUAGUAAUCAGAUCCCUCGAUGCUUCUUCCGCAGUCCUCUCAUGGCUGUCCUUUGUCAUUUCCCCUAUUUCACUUCUCUCACUUCUUCUUUCCAUAAACUCCCCCUUUCUCCUCCUCAACCAUCCCAUUUUCACUUCAACCGCUGCUGUUGGAGAACUUCUGCAGUUUCAUCGAAGAAACCAAGUAUUAGGAACGCGAAGAAGAAUGGAGAUCUGUUCAAUGAGAUUAGGAGAUUCUUAUCCUCUGUUGGACUCCCUGAAAAUCAUGUGCCCUCCAUGAAGGAGCUUUCUGAGCAUGGCAGGCAGGAUCUUGCGAAUAGGGUCAGGCGGAGAGGUUAUAAGUAUAUAAGAAAGAUGCUUGAUGAAUCAAUGGCAACAAGCUCGAGCGACAAUGGUGGAAAAUUGCAGGAAUCCGAUGAUUCUAAAGGUCAGGACGAGAAUCUUGAAGUGUUGCCUGAUAUUCAGGCGGGCUCCGAUAAUGGUGCUGUGACAACCAACGCACAGUUUGUGCUCAACAAGGAAUCCUCUCAUGUCAUAGAACCUGCAGCUUUGUCUUUGCACGAAAAGGCGGCCAAUUUUAUUGAGCGCGGCGAAUUAGAGGCAAUAGAAGAUUGUAACUUGGAAGUCGGGCAUGCAGAGGGAUCAGAACAGAACAGUGAAUCAGAAACAUUGUCCGAAAAUGCACCUCCUUCUCUCCCAAAGAACGAAAAUCCAGCAUUUGAAGAACAAGCAUAUAAUGACAAGGACUUGGAUUUCGAGGCUCGGGAAUUGGAGACUCAAGCUGAAGUUAAGCGUCUGAAAUUCUUACUGAAUAAGAAAGAAACAGAACUUGCGCUACUGAAGCAGCAAAUCGAGAAGGAAAAGCUUUCUUUGUCUGUUUUGCAAACUGAAGCAGAAACAGAGAUGAGCCUCACGAAAAAACUUAUCUCCGAGAAGGAGAAUCAAUUAGAGGCAGCUGAAGAAAGCCUUUCUGGUCUUAAGGAGGUCGAGAUCUUAUACUCGGGAGACGGGGAGUUUGUCGAGUUAGCCGGGAGCUUCAACGGUUGGCGCCACACUCUUAGAAUGGAAUUGGAGACGCUCCCCGAAUCAAGGACAUCUCGACUUUGGAGAACGGUCUUGUGGCUCUAUCCCGGCAUCUAUGAGAUAAAGUUCAUCGUGGACGGGCAAUGGAAGAUCGAUCCGCAACGGGAGUCGACGACCCGGGGAUCCUUACAGAACAACGUUCUUCGGGUAGAACGAUGAUGUUAAAAAAUCAGCUCUUCUUUACAGGUAAGUAGUAUAAGAUAGGUAUGUUUGAUAUGAUCGUUGGUAGUUGAUACGGUAAUUAUCUAAAGUUUCUAGAUGCAUAAAUCUUGCACCUACCCACCAACCACAUGAAGCGACCAUGCACGAUUUUCUAUUACUAAAAGGCCCUGCUGUCAACUUUUUCCUUUUGUUAUUAUUAUUAAAAUUUCCCACACCCAACAUUUUAGGGUGACAA